CUAUCUUGUUAUACGAGACCAGCAGGGCAGUGGCAGAAAUAUGUCAUUUGAGGCACUCUGGGCAACAUUGGUGUAGCCCACAACUAUGUUCAUGGAAUAGACAGUUCCAGUGUUUCCUGGAGUGCCCCAACCUACUACCCAAAUGUUGAUCGGCCUCUAAGUUUCAGGCACUGUCUUAAAUGGUAAGAUAGCUUUUAAACCCCUCAACCCUUGCUCUUUCUUCCCUUUUCUCCUACCCUUUGCCCUCCCUCUAAAGUGAAAAUGUUAAGUGGUUGUUUCUUUGGGUAAAUCAUAUGUGCAGUUCUUGUCCGUCGCUGAUGCUGGGAGACAGACUUUCCCAACACUUGAGCUGCUGGUUGCAACAAGGGCAUCAGGAACUCUCGACAUAAAUCCUUUUUAUCCACAUGGAUAAUCCAAGAUGUCAGCUACUAAGACUGGAUAACUCAGUGUUUUUGCAUUUGCCAUGAAACGUCUCUGCCUGUCUUGUUGCUUCACUGUAGUGAAGAGAAUCAUUUGGGGAUGGGUAUCGAAGUAAAAAUUCCAGAUUGUAACAAACUUCUAACUUAUGAAACAAUGACAUAAUUUAAAAAUUGGAAUAAUGAAUCUAAAGGUCAUAUUUCUGCUGACUGAACUCUGGUACUGUGAUCUGUUUGGUGGAGAACCUAUUUUGACUUUUCUUUUCUGUACUCUUUUAAUCAAAGGGUAGCCUCUGAGGGUAAGUGACUAAGACUUCUCCUCUGCUGCCCAAGCGCUAUGGUGCAGGGAUAACUGCGUCUUCAGUCAAACCAAAGCAGGCUCUACAAAGAGAAGGCUGACUCUAGACAGGAAUUACAUGAAUGACAGUCUACGAACAGAUGUCUUUGUAAGAUUCCAGCCAGAAAGUAUUGCUUGUGCCUGUAUCUACCUUGCAGCUAGAACAUUGGAGAUCCCACUUCCUAAUCGUCCUCACUGGUUUCUGCUGUUUGGAGCAACAGAGGAGGAAAUUCAAGGGAUUUGUAUAAAAAUCCUGCAGCUGUAUACUCGGAAAAAGGUUGACUUGUCUUAUCUGGAAAGCAAAGUAGAAAAGAAAAAACUAGCCAUUGAAGAGGCAAAAGCACUAGCUAAAGGUCUGCUACCCGACAAGACUCCCAAUUUGGAGAACACGUCAGGGUUUUCCCCUGUUCCUAAAAAUGAAUCUCCAAAAGAAGGUAAAGGAAAUAAACCUUCCCCACUUGCUGUGCAGGCGAUGAAGAAUGCCAAAAGAAAAAUGGAUGGAACAAAAAGAAUGAAUUCCAACAGCCCAGUGAAUGGCAUUCAGAAAGGAAGGGAGAGCAGAAGUGGAAGCAGAAGUCGAGAGCAGAGUUAUUCAAGAUCACCAUCUAGAUCAGCAUCUCCUAAGCGCAGAAAAAGUGAAAGCUACUCAACAUCGAGUGGUUCCAAAUCCCACAGCCGCUCCAGGAGUCGCAGUGAUUCUCCCCCAAGACAGUUCAACCAUAGUGCUAGUUACAAAGGCUCUAAAAUGAGGAGUUACAAGAAGUCAAAGGACUACAAAUAUUCGACACACAAGCCAAGGAAGUCCCGCAGCAGGAGCUCCUCACGUUCCCGGAGCCACUCACGAGAGCGUUCUGAUCAUUCUGGGAAGUACAAGAAGAAAAGUCACUACUAUAGAGAGAGACAUGAGCGUUCCCACUCCUAUGAGCGUACGGGUCAUCGUUAUGACCGAGACCACCCUGGCCACAGCAGGCAUAGGAGAUGAAAGCUACAAAGGGUUCUCUUCUGUCCUUUGGGCUUCAGAGUGGAGCCCGGUUUCCCCCAUUUUUCCCUUGCAGCAUAGGGUUAGCCUGGGUCUAAACCACUUAGCAUCAGUAAUCUUUUCUAACCCUGUGCUUGUUAGCAUGAAUCCAAAUACAAAGAUGCUGAACAGACAUGAUGAUGUGGACGACUUGAUCUGGUAGAUGGCUUAAUUGUUCUGCUGCUGGAGCGGCUCUUAGAAACACCGAAGAGCCUCUGUUGUAGUGGCUGCUCCUAUGCCUGCUCUCUGGUAAUAGGUAUAUUUGCAUACUGUCGUGCGAUGGUGUUAGUCUAGUUCGGGACUCGGAGUACUGAGAGCACCAAUUUCCUGGCUCAGCGAUUAGAGAACCCUGCUGAACCAGCCCUUCCUGAUGGAACUAGAAGAAAGCUCAAAACGUUUCAUGAAAACCAUUAGUGGCUUGGUGCUAACAAAGCUGUCGUUUCAUACUGACUCAAUUAUGUUGUACAAAUGUAAGGUGAUAUUUCUAGAACUGAUGCCUAUAUUAGGUUACACUUGUGUAUAUAUUUUGCAGUGUUUAACAAUACAAUAUGGGAAUAUGGCCUUAUUAGCCCUUCUACUUUCUCCACCGUGUAAAUAAGCAUUUGUUUAAUACAAGUGAAAGCUAUAUACUGAAAAGUCAAAACUUGAAUUCUAUCAAUUUAAGAUUUGUGUAGAGAAUUCUGAUAAAUGUGAAAGUAUUUAGCUCUGUGUAUUGAAAGUAGUAUAUUUUUAUCCGUGCAAUGCUGUGUGCAGGCCACCAGCUCAUAGGGAAGUUUCAUAUAUAUACAUUUUAUGUGUUUUGAAUAACUCUAUACUCAGGAUCUUUGACACUCUGAAGAAUUGGUAGUUUGUCAAUCUGCUUGCUUGUUUAAAAACAGAAGGUGUAAAAAAAAAAAAAAACAACGAGCCCAAGUCCGCAGCUCAGUGGUAUCCGUUUUAGUGGUAUAUCUGAGCUGUUCCCAUGCUCCCUAAUUUCAUUAAAGUAUUUGAUUUUGUAUUUAAACU